AUGGCACGUGCCCUAGAAGUGGUGGCCCGUCUAAUCGCUGAUGGAAAGGCUCGGCAAAUUGUCGUAAUGGCUGGAGCGGGUAUCAGUACGGCUAGUGGUAUACCAGAUUUCAGAUCACCAAGGACAGGUCUCUAUGCCAAUCUUAAAAAGUACAAACUGCCGUAUCCAGAAGCAAUUUUCGACAUUAAUUUUUUCAAACGACGACCUUCCGCAUUUUAUGCUUUGGCCAAAGAAUUGUAUCCCACUGGAAAGUACCGCCCAAAUAUUGCCCAUUAUUUCUUCAGGCUUCUCUACCAAAAACGAAUACUCAGACGCGUUUAUACACAGAAUAUUGAUGGCUUAGAAAGAGUUGCUGGUGUACCUCCAAGCAAAUUGGUUGAGGCCCACGGAACAUUCGCUACAGCGCGGUGUCUUCAGUGUGGAAGACCGGUUCCCGCGAGGGUUGUCAAGACGGCAAUCGAUCACGGUAAGGUGGCUCGAUGUUUUCGUUGCAAGGGCCUUGUAAAACCGGAUGUUGUGUUUUUCGACGAGGCUCUACCUCAGAAGUUCUGGCGCUACCGCGAGGAUAUCCCCAAGAGCGAUCUUAUUUUUGUAAUGGGCACUUCACUAGAGACACAACCCUUCUCCAAGCUGGUAGCUGCCUCUCGUCCAAACACACCCAGGAUUCUCCUCAACAAACAUCCUGUUGGACCUUUCAAGCAACGUCACAAGCCCAAUGAUCUUGUUGCUCUUGGUGAUAUAAGUUGUCUCAUUCGAGAACUAUGCACACUACUCGGUUGGACUGAUGAUCUCGAAAAUCUCAUGUUAGAAGCCGAGCUUAAGCGUAUUGACUACAUUGGCUUGGGUACGACGGAGUUGAUCACGAAGUCAGGCCACUCGCAAGACGAGCUUAAAAACUGCGAUACACCAAGACAUCUGGAAAUUUUCGCUCAACCGUCCCCGUACUCUCCACUUGUUUCGAAAGCUGGUUUUGACAAGGAGUUGAAUGUUGAUCGUUGCGUUGUAUAUUCGGGAUUAGCAACUGCACCCGCAUCUCCCGAAUUGCCGAAUGACCGUUGUAGGAAGGCCGCAAAGUUCUUUGUAGGAUAUCUGGAUGUAACUCAUGCAAACAUGACGCGUCUUCGUCAUUGUCGAUUCAGCUCGGUGCCGCCUUAUCGUUCUGAUGACGAAGAGGACUUGAAGAGCCGAGGCUACACUCCCAACAUGCACAAAGCAGACGCCGGUUUGCUCUCUGAUGCAUUGUCCGAAAUGCGCCUGACCGUGGACUCUCGAUAA